UUCAGAAAACCUUUACAUUUGGUUUGUGAAAGUUGGGAUGAUCAGUGACGUUUUUUCAUUGAACGGGGUUUACAUGACCCAGAGGUGAUUGCGGAAGCCAGGAAGCCGUGAGCAAGUCUAACGCCAAAGAUGAACGCCAGUAGAGAACUUUGUCCGGGGAUGACAAUGUCUCACAACAGAAACCCAGCAUAUUUCGACCCUACUACUGGUGUCCUCAUCUGUAUACUAAACGGUGUACUUGCCGUCCCAACAACUAUUCUAAACUUUCUUCUUAUCGUCUCUAUUCUCUCAACUCCAAGUCUUCGCAAGCCUUCCUUCGUCUUGAUCUGUGCCUUGGCUUUCACGGAUUUUGGCGUUGGAAUCCUGGUUCAGCCUUUGUACAUUGCUCGUAAAGUGUCUUUUCUCUUGUCUUCCUUCGAGACGUACUGUUUCCUGCUCAAGACUGGUAACGUGGCUGCACACAUUAUCUGUAGCCCUUCGUUCUUUAUUGUAACAGCCAUCAGUGUAGAUCGUUACCUUGCCAUCAAACUACGAAACAGAUACCACACGUCAUUAACCAACAUCCAUAUCCUGGAGUACCUCGCAUUUACGAUGGUUUGUGCUGGAUGCGUUACGUACUCGCGCUUUCGAGCCAAGAGUCCCAAAUACAUGAGCAUAGCCGCAGCUUUAUUGUGCAUUUUUCUAUCAAUCAUAGUAUAUUGCUACUUAAAAUCUCUAAAAGGUCUACGAGCAAUCCAAGUGCAAGUCCCCAGACGAAGACAAGACGGGUCAGUGAAUGGUAGCAGUCACCAACGCGUACUGCAAACCCUGGUCAUGAUCGUUACUUGUCUGGUUUUCUGCUACGUCCCUUUCGUGAGUGUUAUAAUAACUAUCGCAGUCUAUGGACGAUCCAAGGAGUUCAUGAUUGCAUGGGAAGUCACACUGACUUUGUUGUAUUUGAAUUCGUUUUUGAACCCUAUUCUUCACUUCCUGCGAGUCAAGGAGCUAAAACAGGCCUGUGUUGCUGUGCUAGGGAAAAGUAACCGGUUACAUGUACAAGACGAACGAAUUGAAGAGACAUACGCCCCAGAAGUAUUUACGAUUACAAACGCUACAGUCAAUGAAAAGUGUACAGGAUAGUUGGACAGAAGACUACAGCCAAGUUGUGUGGAGUCAUUUUGCUCUCUAUGUUGCUGCUUAUUCUAUUUAGUAAAUCUAAGCCACCCACCUGUGACCUUUACAUAUGCCUCGUGUGGAGCAUGAGUCAGAAGAGGUUCUGGCAUCUCGGCUAAGAACUGCUUCAAUACGCAAGCCACAUCAUGUGGAGUGAACUUCCCACUGGUCAACUUUACAGCAAGAUUAUCUUUAUCAAUGAACUCUUUGAGCUCUUCUUGUCUUUUCUUGCUUCCUGGGACACGAAAUAUGCCUUCUACAUUGAUGCCUGAAGAGAAAUGAGACAAAAUGUUCAUUGUUCUUAGUCCAGAAUUAGUACUGCACACCACUUCAGUUUUUCAAGGUUAAUAGUCUAGGCUAAUUGCACUAUCACGUGAUGGUAGCAAUGAUAGGAUUGAAUAUGGUCUUAUCUGAUUUACAUGAGAAAGAAUUCAAUUCCCCAGGGAAAAAUGACUUAAUUGUUGUGCCUCCUGUCAUAGCUGCCAUCAUGUGAUGGUGCAAAGCCUCUAUAUUUUUUUUUACGUCUGUAGGAUAUAUUCACCCCACACCAACAUCCUUGCUUUGGGUCAGCUGUAUGACUGCUUGGGGUCAGCUUAAGGAUAUCUGCAUAGAAGGCUACUGCAGGAUGGCUACUUCCAAUGUUUUGUCCAGUAAGAGGAGGGGAGUUAAGCAGGAGGAGGGAGAGUGAGGCUUCAGGGGGGGAGAGGAGAGAAAGGGUUGAGAAGUGGUAUACAGUUGGUAAUAAAUAAAUACAGUAACUUUCAAUGGUAUUAUAUAGGUAUGAUCAUUUUGCCAGAUCUUCUUCUUUUGGAAUCAUGCAGGCAUUGCAUAUUAUGCAUAUCUAUGCAAUUUUUUGUCAGGUACUUACAAGACUUUAGAUAAUCGAUAAGGGGCAAGAUUCUAUGAACUGCCUCGUCAUUGAGUUGAUGACCAAAUACAUUGUGAUGGUGACCUACAAACAACACAUUAAAUAAAUUUUCUUUUAUCAA